AUGGCUUCUCCGACCGUCCUUGCGGCGGGCCUUUUGCUGGCCCUGCUUCUCUAUCACUACGUAAUCCAGCCUUACUGCCUCUCGCCAUUAGCGAAGAUCCCCAACGCGCAUUUCACCGUCCCUUUAUCCUCUGCAUGGAUUGAACGCCGACGCGCUGCCGGAAAAGAGGUGCACACGAUCUACGACGCCCAUCGCAAGCAUGGCUCCGUGGUGCGACUCGGUCCCCGCGAGCUGAGCGUCAACUCCCUGAGCGGCCUGCGAACGAUCUACACGGGCGCAUUCGAGAAGCAUCAAUGGUACAACGAUCUGUUCGUCAAUUUCCACACCGAGAAUAUGGUGGGAAUGGUGCACAAUCAGCCGCACGCCCGCCAGAAACGCAUGCUCAGCAAGAUCUUCUCCAAGUCGUUCCUCCAGGACUCCCCCGACCUCCGUGACCUCUCGCGCAUCGUGCUCUCGCAGCGCCUCCUGCCCAUCCUGCACCGUGCGGCCAGCGCCGGCGACGUCCUCAAUGUCCUGCCGCUGUUCCAGGCCGUCGGCAUGGACUUCACGUCCGGGUUCUUGUUCGGCUCUCGCAACGCCACCACGUGUCUGUUCGACCUGCCGGAAUGGAAGCGCUGGCUGGACGAGUACGAGCAGUUUAAGGAGAUGAGCCGCGACGACCGCCGAGACGGAUUCAUCGAGUCGUGGUGCCUGUCGCUGUGUCGGCGGAUGGAGCACAACGACCAUCCGAACGACGUCCCCAUCGCCACGAGCCCCGUCGUAUACGAUCAGCUGCGCGACAGCCUCGAGAAAGACCCCGACAGUCGACCGCGCGAACUGGCCAUCGCCUCCGAGCUCCUCGACCACCUCGUGGCCGGCCACGAAACCACCGGCAUCUCCUUCACCUACAUGAUGUGGGAGCUGUCGCAGCGUCCGGAUCUCCAGGAUGAGUUGCGCCGCGAGCUGCGCACGCUGAGUCCGCAGCUGAAGUUUCCUGCCUCGGACGGGAAGAUGGACGCACUAUUGGACAUCCCCAAUGCGUCGGACAUCGACGCCCUCCCACUUCUGGACGCCAUUCUUCGCGAGACCCUGCGUGUGCAUUCUCCGGCCCCGGCCCCCUUGCCGCGCGCGACGCCCUACACGAAAGACGGUGUGUCCUUGGAUGGAUACGAUCACAUCCCCGGCGGUAUCCGCAUCAGUUCCUCCUCGUACAGCCUGCACCGGAUUGAAGAGGUGUAUCCGGACUCGGAGCAAUGGCAGCCUCGACGGUGGCUGGAGCCGGAGGGGAAGAUCCACGACAUGAGACGAUUGUUCUGGCCGUUUGGCAGCGGAGGGCGCAUGUGUCUGGGGAGUAACUUUGCUCUGCAGGAGAUCAAACUGGUGAUGGCCGCGGUGUAUACGAACUACAAGACCGAGAUCAUCGACGACGAGAACAUCGAGCAGGACUUCGCUUUUAUUUCUCUGCCGGUCGGACGCAAAUUAAUGUUGAAGUUCACGCCGGUGGGAUGA